GGCACCUCCUCUGCCAGGCAGCACCCGGCGGGGCCAGGCGGCGCUUGCCGAGCCGGGAUCGGCGCCGGGGCGGCAGCCGCCAUGGAGCCCCCGAGGGACCAAGGGCUGCUGAGAAGUGACUCUAUACCUGAAGUUGGAGAGGAUGCUGCUGCUACGGUUGGUAUGGCAGAAACACUCUCAGAAGAACAACAGGAUGAGCUAAGGAAAGAGCUUGCUAAGGUGGAAGAGGAAAUCCAGACACUCUCACAAGUGCUAGCUGCCAAAGAGAAGCAUCUAGCCGAAAUCAAGAGAAAACUGGGAAUUAACUCAUUACAGGAAUUGAGACAGAACAUUACCAAAAGCUGGCAAGACGUUACAUCUACCACAGCAUACAAGAAAACAUCAGAAACCCUGUCUCAGGCUGGCCAGAAGGCUUCUGCUGCUUUUUCAUCUGUUGGUUCAGUCAUAACCAAGAAGUUUGAAGAUGUCAGAAACUCUCCUACUUUCAAAUCCUUUGAGGAAAAAGUUGAAAGUUUAAAGUCUAAAGUUGGAGGAAGCAAACCUGCUGGGGGAGAUUUUGGAGAAGUUCUCAACUCUGCUGCCAAUGCCAGUGCCACAGAAACUAUCGCAGAACAGACCCAGGAGGAAACCCACUGAGAUUCUUGCCUCUGUCCUGCCACCCACUGCCAGAUGCUGCAAGCAAAAACUAAGCACACUUGUAACAUUCUUUGUGCACCAGAUGUGCUUUUAUUUAGCACGUAGCUAUUUUACUAGAUUAACUGAUACCAAGCUUGUUUGUGGGUUCAAAAUAUUUUUGAAACUAAAAUACAUUGUUUGGGGUUUUGUGUGGGAAGGGGAAUUUUUAUGCCUUUCAAGCAUUUAAAGGACUUAUCUCUAAUUUGAAGGCAAGCUUGAAAAUAUAGCAAUGAAAAAAAAAUCUCUUGAAGUUAAUUAUACUGUACAUAUAUUGUGGAUACAUAAUUUCUUUUCAGUCUGUAACUACUGCUCUGCUUAAUCAUUAUAAAUCUGCUGCAGCUGCCAAACUGAAGCCUGUUACUUCACUCCUUGUGAUUAUUUCAAUGAAGCGCUGCCUGCGCAAGGCACUGGACUAGGAGCAUCACUCCCAGGUAAAGAAAGGAUUUCUGCUUCAGCAGACUUUAAACAAGUUGUUCACAGCAGGAUUACACAUGGGUAGGAACAUCCUGUCUUAAAGAGCAUGUCCCUCAUACAACACAGAGCAAUGCAGAAAAUGUUAAACUUACUGAUCUAGCCAUGGAUUAUCCACCUAUAGGAAACUGCUGACCAUUGCAAAUGGAAGCAAGACGGCUUGCUAGUUCUGGUUUGGUUCAGUUACAACACUUCUCAGUCUUGUGUUUUGUACAUGAUGUGAAUGUGGUAAGAGUCACUCUUCUGAAGUUUUGAUCAGUCAUGAAUAGAUUCAUCUUGAUUCACGCACAGUGGUGUCACACUAACAAAGCAUGGACUGCAAGAAUAAGCCUGAGCACAAAACUGGUUCUUUUUUUAGACAUCAAGAAAAUUAGGUCUCAAAUGCAAACGUUGCUUCCCUUGUAGGCUGACCAUCGAAAACAUCUGCUACACAGUCUUGCUUUAUUUAUGUGUUGAAGGCCUGUACCACUAGCACCUCUGUUUCUGCUUAAGACCCCAGAAACCUGUUUCCAGAGGUGCAGUGUCAUACCGCAGCAUAGCUCUGACAAGACCUGUCUUUCCACGUGUUGCUUCAUCUGCUGUACUCUUUAAAUUUCUUGUAUUUUGUAUGUUUCUGGCACAUGGUGUGGGUCUGGUUAGAACUUUGGCAAGUGUUUUUUAUCACCAUGCUUAGAACUGGAAACAAGUUUUGAAACAGUUGUGUGAAAUCCAUGGAACUUCAACUGCCACGGUCUGGAAGAGUUGGUUCCUGACAACCUUGUUUAGCAUGUAGUAUAUAUGCUUAAUUACUUGUGAGAAGCCUAAUAAAAACCUGUAUCUGAGGAA